AUGCCACGUGCUCUUCGUAUUGUUUCAUUUACAUAUAUUACACUAUCAAAGAUUAACACCCUCAAUAUGGCUCUUCUCGAUGUUGUUUUACGCUGUCCUCAUUGCCAUUUGGAAAUGAUUCGAAAUGGAACAUUUUUCAUUCGAUUUCUAUGUGGUCAUAUUGAACAUGCUGAAUGUUUUAUUCUUAGCCCGCUUACCAAUCCUCCAAAUCAAUGCUCAACAUGUGGUCGUGCACACACAGCAGCAGAGACGGUCUUUUUUAAAUAA